UUUGCCCAGAGCAGUAUACUCAGCCACCACCCACCCAGUCUCAUCGCACAGACCUGAUGAUAGACUGCCAGCCUCCCCCAAUGUCCUACCGCAGAGCAGAGGUGCUGACUCUUCCCUACAAGCGGCGCUAUGAGAAGAUCGAAAUCAUGCCAGAACUUGCAGAUUCACUCGUGCCCUUGGAGAUUAAGCCUGGUAUUUCCUUAGCAACAGUUUCUGCCGUCUUGCAUACUAAAGACAACAAGCAUGUGCUGCAGCUCCCUCCAAAACCUGUGCAACCUCCGGCCAGCAAGAAGAGAAAGCGGGUGAGUGAUGACGUGCCAGAGUGUAAACCUUUGAAGCCAUUGCUGAGCGGCUCCAUUCCUGUGGACCAGUUUGUGCAGACACUCGAGAAGCAUGGUUUCAGCGACGUGAAGGUGGAAGACACAGCCAAGGGCCAUAUUGUGCUCCUCCAGGAGGCAGAAACCCUCAUUCAGAUUGAGGAGGACUCCACACACAUCAUCUGUGACAACGAUGAACCUUUGAGGGUGAAACUGCGUGACCUGGUUCUCAAAUUCCUGCAGAAAUUUUAGCUCAUGGACAUCAUGGUGCUCUGGAAGGAGACACCCCAAAGCACCAGAGCUAAGAGCUUCCCAGAGGGAGAGAGAAUUUCCUGAUUCAAAGA